AUGACCAGCCCCGUUUAUAUGUCGCGUGAGCUGGAGGCACUGUCGCUGCUCACAGCGUGCCUCUGCCACGACCUGGACCACCGGGGCACCACCAAUAGCUUCCAGGUGGCGUCGCGCUCCGUACUGGCCUCGCUGUACUCGUCCGAGGGCAGUGUGAUGGAGCGCCACCACUUCGCGCAUUCCAUGUGCAUCCUGAACACGGAGGGCUGCAACAUCCUGAGCCAGCUGCCGCGCAAGGACUACACCCACUGCCUGGACAUGGUGCAGGACAUGAUACUCGCGACGGACCUGAGCCAGCACCUGCGCAUCAUGCCGGAGCUGGAGGCGAUGGCGGCGACUGGGUACUGUCCGUCGAAACCGCGCCACCGCCGCCUGCUGCGCUCGCUACUCAUGACGUCCGCCGACCUCUCCGACCAUACCAAGCGCUGGCUCAGCAGUAAAAAGGCGGCGAAACUGGUGUACCGCGAGUUCUUCUCGCAAGGCGACAUGGAGAAGCAGAUGGGCAACGACCCGUCGGAGAUGAUGGACCGCGAGCGCGCGUUCAUCCCGAAGCUGCAGAUCCAGUUCCUGGACGACAUUGCGCUGCCUGUUUACAGCCUGCUGAGCUCGCUGUUCCCUUGCUCUGACGAGGUGUACGCCCAGACGAAGACGAACCGGCGCCACUGGCAGCGCAUGGCCGACAUCUGCAGCCGCCGCAACGCCACCAACGUGCAGAGCAUCGACGUGUUCGACAACGAGCGGCUGGAUCAGGAGGUGCUGACAUCUGACGGCGAACAGGACAGGCUACAGUGCGCCGCCACGCCGUCGAGCGUUGCCAACAGCCGGCUCUCGUCGCUUCGGCCGUACGUGUCGGGCGUCUUGCCGUGUUGUGUCAGCAAGAACGAGGUCACCGAGUGACGUCACGCCCCGGCCCGACUGUGAUAGGCGCUCCGGUCGCGGCCGGCGGCGCCCCGACAAUCCCGUCCCGCCGACGCCCAAGCGCACACCUGUCCCCGAUAUUACUGCGCUCUUGCCGAGGGAGAUAUUACCGCGAGCCGCGCGCCCGCGCCGGGUCCAGGAGCG